UCUGUGUGACAAUUGACAAACACAUAUUAAGCGUGAUUAUUAGUAUUAUUAUAUGUUUAUACUAAUAUAAUAAGUGAAUGAAAGAAUGUGUUGUAAGUGAUUUUUUUUUAUAUAUAAAUCAAUUAAAUGGAUGAAAUACACCAGCAGGCAGAAGUGGCGGUGAAGGCUUUAGAAAAUACGAUUAACUGGGCUUCAGUUUUUAUCCAGACCGGAGAUCAUAUUCAUAAUCCGCAUGUUUAUGAUGACAUUUCCUUCAAACUUGGAAGGACUGUGGAUUUAGCUAUCGCGAUGAAUGCACUUCCAUCGCCAGCUCAUCUUUCGCAGCUACUUAGGAUUGUUGACGCGGUUUAUAGGAGUAAAGCCAAGUUGCCACAACCAUCAUUGCUCUCGCUCAUGUUGCCUAUUAAGGCUGCUUGUCAAACUGGCUGGUUUCCAGAUGAGGACAAAAACCACCUGAUUUUGAUGGCAAAGAAGGUAAGCUAUGGGUUCUCCAACUUAGACAGAAUGAGUAUUGAUCCAGCCAAUGCAUAUUCACAUGUCUCAUAUAUAAUCUCAAGAUUCUAUCCAAGAAUGAAAAUUGAACACAUACUUACUUCAUUUGAUGUCAAGGCUGGAUAUGGGACUUUUGUAGUUGAUUUUCUCAUCUCCCGGGGUUUGUUUUCUCAUCAAUAUCAAGAUUUGUGGCUCUUGGUAGCUCGAAUAGACAAUAUGGACACAGCUGCCUGUAUUGCCACCCCGUCGAAUGUGAACUUUUAUAUAAAUCGCAUGGAAGUACCAAAGAGGACCAAAAGUGACAUGGGUGAGGGACCACAACUUCCAUCAGACGUGACCAAAAUGAUCAAAUAUGGAGUAAAUCUUCUAGAAGUAUUUGGGGACUUCGAUGGACAAUAUAUUAUCGCCCUAGCUGUUUUAAAUCCUACAUCCCCUCCUGAUCCUCCUCUAUUGCAAGAUUAUGUCCGUCCCAUGUCCGAUGAAGUUGAUUCCGAUUGUGAGAUUGUUAAUGUUGCGUCACUGAUUUCACUCAAGUGUCCUAUUAGUCAAAUUCGUAUAACAACUCCUGUGAAGGGGCAUCUCUGCAAGCAUCCUCAGUGCUUUGAUUAUGACGGCUUUAUGGAAAACAACUCAGUGUGGCCUACAUGGAAGUGCCCUGUCUGUAAAAAGUCAGUCUGCAAUCUAGAUAUACGCAUUGAUCAGACUUUUCUAAAGAUCUUGAAUGAGGUAGCAAACACUGUCACUGAUGUAAUUUUAUCAGAAGAUGGUUCCUGGAUAUUUGCCACGACCGAGAACAGCCAGACCACUAAAACAAACAAGGAUGGGCUGAGCCAAAAUAAUCAAACUCCUGAUACCGCUGGCAAGACUACAUCUAUAGACAGCAAUGAAGCACUUCCUAGCUCUUCUCCAGCUUUGCAUAGGUCAAGUGGUUCAGAAAGUAGCUCAACUGCAGAACAGCCGUCCACUAUGACGAUGCCUGCAAUGUCUCCUCCGAUUUUACAGGAUUGUUGUUUGCAAUUGAAGGGCUCACAUGACAUGCUCCAUAUGCCUGCCCCCAUUCAGCGAAUCAGUAACCAUCUGAACCCUGAUAACUUGCAUACAAAUGAACCCAUUAACGGUUUGAACAAUGCGAGUCAAAGUGAUCACAAUCCUGAUACUGCGGAAAAUACUUCCUCUAUACAAGCCAAUGAAGUACUUCCUAUUUCUUCACCAGCUUUGCAUAAUUCAAGUGGUUCAGCGAACAGCUUGACUGCAGAACAAUCACAGGGCUCACAUGAUGUUCAUAUUGCUGCUGCUGCUGAGCAGAGCAGGCACCAGUUGGACCCUGAAAACUUGCCUACCUUGCAAGUCUCUUGUGCUUCGAAGAACCAGAGUCAAAAUGUUCACAAAGCCAAUACCACGGGGAAUAUUGAAGCUAAUGCAGCACUUCCAAACUCUUCUUCAGCAUUGGAUAAUUCAGGUGGUUCAGCAAAUAGCUUAAUUGCAGAAAAGCUAUCCACAUUGCAUCAAUCCACUAUAAUAACGCCGGCAGUUCCUCUUCCUCGGGUUUUAAAGGAUUCUUGUUUGCAAUCCCAGGGCUCAGAUGACAUGAUCAUUACGCCUCCCUCUGUUCAGAAAAUUAGGAACCAUGCGGACCUUGUGAACUUGCAAACAACUCAACCCUCGUAUGGUGUGAGUAACAGAAUUCAAAAUGAGCAUGCUCCUGAUACCUCUAAAAAUGCUAUAUCUAUGGAAGCCAUUGAAGCACUUCCCCAUUCUUCUUCAGUUUUGCAUGAUUCAGAUGGUUCAGCAAAUAGAUCGUAUGCAGAACUUCCAUCCACUUUAAGGCAAUCCACUGUAACAAUGCCUGCAGUUUCUCCUCAAGUUUUAAAGGAUUCUUGUUUGCAAUCACAGGGAUCAUAUGACAUCCAGAAGCCUCCCUCAGUCCAACAACUCAGUCACCAUCCGAACACUGUAAACUUACCUACAGCUGGACCCUCUUACGGUUUGACCAACAUUAGUCAUUUGUCUUCACAAAGCCAACCGCUGCAGCAUCAAACAGACCGAGCUACUCAAGCGCAUCCUGGCCCAAGUAUGACUAAGAAAAUUCGAAGUUCAAUGUACACGCCGGUUGAGCUCCCACCAUCUACAUCUGCCUCCCUGCAUUCUACUGCCCUGGCUAGUGAGCAUCUCAUAAGAGCAGGCGAAAAACGACAAUACACAGCUCGUGGUCAACCUAGAAAGGGCAUUAGUACAGCCAACAAUGCCCAAUGUACAACGUCGAUCACACCGUCUGCAACUAGCUCCCAGCAGCCUAUUACUCUAACUUCUGAGCAGUUCAUGAGAGGAAUAACAGAAAGACAAUACAGACCUCGCGGUCGACCUCGAAUGGGAAUCGCUACAACCGAGCAACCUCAAAGUUCACCCUUGGUCACGCCAUCUGCAACUAGCUCCCGCUCCCAGCAGCCUAUGACACUAACUUCAGAGAAGCUCAUGAAAGGAGAUGGGCCACAACACAACACCUCUCCUGGGGAAACUCAAGUCAAUGUUGGUACAACUAAGCAAACUCAAGAUACAACCAUGUUUACACCAGUUGUUCCAGCUCCACAUUCUGCUCCAGCUCUGGCUCAUGCCGCAAACAUAAGACCAUUGUCACCAAUUCGGCAUCCUAAACCAAGUGGAGACACAAUGCCAUCUGGGAUAAUGAAGGGGAGCUUAACAGGCAAAGACCGAGAGGCUGCUGAAAUGACGUAUCUUUCACCACCAAGUCAACCACGUUGGCCAACAUGGACACGACCAACACUAGCAACUUGCACAGCAUUACCAAUGCAACAAUCUCACACCGAUUCUCCAAAUGUCUCAAAUUCAGGUCAUUUGCAUCGGUGAUCCUAGUACUUUUUCUGGGAUUUUUGCAGUUAGAUAAUGAUGAUAAGAAAAUCACACUUUUUGACGCCACUAAGCUCCCAACACAAAAUACUAGUAAGAGAACAAGUAUUAAAGUUGGUCUAAUCUUGGUGUGUAUGUAUAUAUUUAUUACUUAAUGUUAGAACCAUUAUGGCUGUGUA